AGAAGCUUGCUAAUAUUUGCCUGAAUAGUUUCAUCCCGGAUCCCUAGCUUGGCAACACACCAUGUACUCGUGGGUUAUGUGGUAUGUUGAAUAAGUGGGCCGUUGUUGCCUUCGGCGACUCUCUCAGGGUGAUCACCUCUGAUUCUUAGAAGUUGAUCCCUUCGAAACCUAGCUCGGCGAUUACUUAGGCUUUUCCACGACCAAUUCUUCACGUUUUGUGACCUGUCAUUUAUUGGACACAUGGAUAGCACUGAAAUUUGAAUUCAUCGCAGACCGCUCAUGCUCUCUUCCCGUCCUCAUAAAAUACUGCAAAAAACAAGGUAUUCUCCUCCCCACCUGUUUCUCCCUGCGUGAUGUGGUCCUUGCCUACAGUUCUGCUUUCCAUUACGCUGGUAUCUGCGAGACAUACUCUUUUGUUCCGCGAUGACUCCAGUCUGUCUAAAUUGAUCCUAUCCGGCCCAGCUUCGCUCCCAGUAGAUGCAACACCGCCCUUGAACCCCGCUCUCGCAAGCUUCAGUAUUGAGACUGCUUACUUUGAAGAAUUUACAGGAAAUCAGUCCUAUCCGAUCAAAAUUUCUCAGAAACUCUUUGAGAACCUGAAAGAGAGGACUGGGGUUCCGGCUGAAGUGCGCAUUGGUGGCAUUAGCGCUGACUCGACAUUCUGGGAUCCGAAUCAAAAGGCUGCGCUGUACAAUUUCAUUAACGACAAGGGUGCACUGAUAAACACCACGCUUGGACCCCAGUUUUGGAACUCUGUGAAGCUAUUGCCUGAAGGGACGAAGAUCAUCAUGACGCUCGAUCUAAGUAGCUUGAAUUAUACUGGUACUCUUGAUAUGGCUGAGGCAGCAUGGAUGGGUCUUGGUUCACGCCAAAUUUCUCGCUUCGAAAUAGGAAAUGAGCCAGAUCAAUAUGGGCACCGCCUAGACGCUCAGUCCUAUACUGCUAUAUGGAAGCCGUGGACUAUCAACAUUUCGAAGGCGUUGGGCAUCGAUUAUCCCGAGUUUCAAAUUGGGGCAACCGUUAGAAACCCGCAAGCAGAAGCACAGCUUGAUUGUGUUAGUGCUCUGGCUGCCGGGGCCAACGACGGACACACCGUCAUGACGUGCAGUGAACACACAUACCAUUACAGCGUUUGCGAUCCAACUAGGGCCGCCGCAGCUACAUUUUUGGAUCUUUGGCAGCCCCGCAUCCACAGUGUUCGCACUCAACUCGGACCUGAUGCCUUUGUUAUCGGUGAAUUCAAUUCCGUUUCCUGCAGCGGAAAGGACGGUGUCAGCAAUACAUUCGGUCAAGCUUUGUGGCUGUUAGAUACGACCCUCUACGCGGCUUCAAUCAAUGUCUCGCGUGUGUAUGUGCAUCAGGGUGGACAUGCACACUACAACCUCUGGUCCCCUACCGAUAACCCGAAUCUUCCCAUUCAAGUGCUUCCGUCGUAUUCAGCUUAUCUCUUUGUGACCGAGGCUAUUGGUCACUCGGGGUCACUACGCCUUUCAAACAUCUUCCCAGGACGACAGGCCGAUGGAUCGUCAGUUACGACCGCAGGUGGUGAUUUUUCUGCUGGUCAAAUCUCGAUAUAUGGUUUCUGGGAUGAAAAUUCUGCCAACAGCCAUAAUAACCCAACUAAGCUCGCGCUUAUAAACCUUCAGCUCUACAACCAGAGUCACCAGACGGAUACCUACCCUCGUCCUGUUACCACGAUCGAUAUAUCUGCGUUUUUGCCGAAGAAGACCCAAGAAGUCACGGUCAGGCGGAUGACAGCCCCAGGAGCUGAUGUCUUGUCCGCCGAUGUAACGACUUGGGCUGGGCAAACUUUUUCUUCUGGUGUUGCAGAAGGCAAAAUUGUGGAGGAAAAGGUGUACAAUGGACAAGUGGUCGUAGAGGCUUCCUCUGCUGCAUUGGUGUAUUGGUAAAUACAACGUGGCAUGGAAAGAUGUCUAUUCUAGGUGUUGCUAAAGUCUUAUACAUGGAACCACC